AUGGUUGAGUGGGAAGAGUUUAUGUCAGAUCAAAAACUGGAGGAAAUCAAGAAAUUUGUGGAAGAUAAUGAAAAAGCAAUAGUAAAAAUUAAAUCGAAAAAACUUGAAGAAAUUAUAAUUUUUUGCAUUAAUAGCCACUGGAUUUUUAUAAAAUUCAAGGAUUAUAAUAUUUUUUCGUAAAUUUAAGCUAAAAGUAAAUGGUAUAUUUUUGACUGUGAUUAUUUUGAAGAUAAAAUUAAAAGCGAAUAUAAGGAAAAUUUAACUGAAGAAGAAAGAAACCAACUUGACCUUGAAGCCAGCAUAAAAUAUAAUGACAGCAUAUACGAAGGAAGCAUUUUUAAUGGUAAAAGGCAUGGACUAGGAAGAAUGCUCUACCAUUCUGGAAGAUGGUAUUUCGGAGAAUGGAGAAAUGAUAGACGCCAAGGCAAUGGAAUCGAGUAUUAUUUAAAUGGAAAUAAAUACGUAGGAGAAUUUUUCGACGGGAAAGCUAAUGGAAAAGGAAAAUUAUUUUGAAGCACUGGAGAAACUUAUGAAGGAGAUUGGGUAGAAGGCCAGCAAGAAGGCAAAGGAAUGUGGUUUGGAUUUAAUAAUGAAAGCUAUAUUGGCGAUUGGGUAAAUUCAAAAGCAAAUGGAUGGGGAAAACAUGUUUAUUCCAAUGGAAACUCAUAUGAAGGAGAAUGGAAAGAUUUUAUCCCAAAUGGUAAAGGUAUGGCUCAUUAUGCUGAAACUGGAGGAAAAUAUAUAGGAAAUUUCGUGGACGGUAAACCAAAUGGGUAUGGAAAAUACAUUUACAGCAAAAACACCUUUUAUCAAGGAAAUUUUGUUGACGGCCAAAAGGAUGGAAUUAGAUUAGAUUAGUAGCAUAUUUUAAGUCCGCUUUUAGUAGGCAUACGCAUUCCGCAGUGAAGUUCUAUGGGGCAGCAGAGCGUACCAUCUAGAGUCUAGGCUGAAAUUCCCAUUUUCUCGGUAGAGGUAAAGGUCUUGGGCCAUUCACUGACUUUGCUGACAGUCUCCAUUUCCCAACUCUUCGCCAAUCCUGUGGUCGCUCCUAGUCAGAUCGUUGCCUGAUGUAACCAUUUUCAACUGGACGGGCCUCUGCUUAUUUGUCUAGCUUACCUCCCCUCUUAUCGAAUUCCUGAGAAAGAACUUAACAGCUUUCACCAUUCGGGAUAGCCACAGUAGAUUCUUAGGCAGGUAUGUCGCCCUGCCUAAUAUGGGUCCACUGGGCUAGGAGCUGCUGGUCAAAAAAGUUGCAUUUAACUGUCUAUAGAGUCAGAAUCAAAAGCAGCGGCUUCCAGCUUCACGUCCCUUGCUUUGGGGGUCCAUUAUACAUUAGGUCACAUGUCACUGAGGAAUAGAUAGCUCGUCCCGGACAUUUUAUGUAUUAAAGGAUGGAAUUGGAAUAAUUUUUUUAAAAGAAGGCCAUAAAUAUAUAGGAAAUUUCAAAAAUGACAAAAAAUCUGGAAUAGGAUGCUUUGUUUGGGCAUCAAGGAAUGAGUAUCGUGGGGAGUUUUUAAAUGAUUUAAGACAUGGAAAAGGAAUGAUGAAAUGGAAUGAUGGGACUGUUUAUGAAGGACAAUGGGCAGAAGGGGUCCAACAGGGAAUGGGAAAAAUUUCAUUCCCUGACAAAAGAGGUGUUAAAGAAGGAAAAUUCGAGAAAAACGUGCUAAUUGAAUAA